CCUCUACCUCCCCAUCUCAUACUUCCUCGCCGAGUUCUUUUGCGCUUAGCGACCAACGCUUGGUGCAUUCGAUAGUCCAGUAGCUCUGGUAGCUCUGGUAGCAUCUGGAUCAAUAAGCAAUGCUCCUGUAGUGCUAAAUUCUUUCCGCGAUUGAACUCCGUCUCAUUAUAACAAACGAUAUCUACCAUGGCCAGCGCAUCAUAUACUCAUCCCCACGGGGAUCUGCGCGAUGAUGAAUCAAUUCUUGAUGAUGAUGUUAUUGAAGCUGAUGAUGCCAUCGACGCUGAUGACCCGUUACACGAAACCGACACCACUCCCUUAAGAGGCAAUAUCCAACCCGAGGCAUCGAGCUCUCGAGGUGGAAACCUUUCCGGCAAUUACCUGACAUCCUCAAUCCCCGGCGAGGAUCGACGCGCCGCUCAGAACACCAUCGAUGAAACGGUCUGGGAAACGGUGUCGCGCGACCUACUGGCAGUCUGGGAGAAGAUGCGCCAGGUUUUGUGGCCCAAAUACCUGAUGGGUGGGAUGUUGCAGCGGGGUGGAGGAGGCAUUGGUGGUGCGGCCGAACGAGGAGAGGCCACUGGGUUUGGUAGUGGUGGUGGUCUGAGGAAUCUCGUGGGCCGCUGGCCGGACGCCGAUACUGUCUUGCAAGGCGGAAUGAGUGAAGGUCUACGUGACUGGGAUCUCUGGGGUCCGCUCAUUUUCUGCUUGCUUUUGAGCUUUUUCCUGGCAAUGCGCGCAAAGGGAGAUCAGUCAGACCUGGUCUUCUCCGGGGUGUUCUGUAUCGUGUGGAUUGGAGAAGCGGUUGUGACUCUACAGAUUAAGCUGCUAGGUGGGAAUAUAUCCUUCUUCCAGUCCGUCUGCAUCAUCGGCUAUACGCUCUUCCCUCUCGUCAUUGCUGCCCUUCUCAGUGCGCUUGGCCUGCCGACUAUUGCGCGGAUACCGGUAUAUCUUGUCUUGAUCGCAUGGUCUUUGGCGGCGGGUAUCAGCAUUCUUGGUGGAUCUGGAGUGCUCAAGAAUCGGGUCGGUAUCGCAGUAUACCCACUGUUUGUGUUCUACAUUGCGAUCGGUUGUCUCUGCUUUAUCAGUUAAGAAGAGGUGGUAUGAGAUGCUGGCGAUGUAAUAGCUCGGAAAUCAAGCAGCCUUUGUGAUAAAAGGGAAGUGCUGCAAGCCAAAUGGUAACGGGCGUGUGAAAUCUACUUACCACUUGAUUUAUUUUUCUUUUUAUCCCACCGUUGUUUCCUUGAAGCUGUGCUUUGUUUGUUUCUCCCAAGUGUAUUAGAUUAUUGCAUGCUAAGAUAUCCAAUUGAGAAA